CGGCCAAAGCCGCGCGGCGGUGCUAUGUUGUGCGGCUAGGGCGGCCGCCAAUAGCGCGGAGCGGGCGGGAGCGUGCCUGGAAGAGCAGUGGGGCCACUCGAACAGCGGUCCGAAACGAGCGGCCCACUCGCCCUUACGUAGGGUGGUGCUGGCCGAGGUGAUCAAGGCCUUCGGGGCGCCUGAGAACGUGCAGCGCAUGGACGAGGCCCGGGAGAACGCGUGUAACGACAUGGGCAAGAUGCUGCAGUUCCUGCUGCCCGUGGCCACGCAGAUCCAGCAGGACGUGAUCAAGGCCUACGGCUUCAGUAGCGACGGCGAAGGGGUGCUAAAGUUCGCCCGGCUGAUCAAGUCCUACGAGUCGCAGGACCCGGAGAUCGCCAGCAUGUCGGCAAAGCUGAAGGCUCUGUUCCUGCCCCCCAUGACGCUGCCGCCGCACGGGGCUGGCAUUGGCGGCGUGGCCGCCUCGUGAUGGCGCCGCCUGGGCUGGUGCUGGUGGUCCCCGGGGUUCCGGUCGGAGCCUUCCCUCGCGGCUGGGGCUGUCUGCGCUGCUGCUCAGCCAGCCCCGGGAAACUGAGUGGUUAAACAAGGAAGAUAAUGGCGUGAGACGAACCGGCUUCUUUGUGCAUGUUUCUGUUUCUGGCUGUGAAUAAAAUACGUCUUGAAAGGGC